AUGGUGCCAUGGGAGAGACGGUCACAUUUCUUCUUUUCUUCUUGUCCCUUUAAACCAGCUCAGUGUCUUCUGCUCCUUGCUUCCCUGCUCAUCUUGGCCACGCCAGGUUAUUCUGUGGAAACUCUAAACACUUUGAAGAAAUUUCUCUCUGGUGAUGCAGAGAGUGAUUUGAAGGGAGAUGCCUGGCCCAAGGACUGCAGCGAGCUUCCAGCUGGCAGCCCCAGCGGUGUGUACAUCAUUCAGCCCACGGGCCUGCACCCCAUCAUGGUGUCCUGCGAGAUGAGCGGGGCAGGCGGCGGCUGGACCGUCAUCCAGAGGAACCGGCGGGACACGGACAUCACCUGGGCCGAGUCCUGGAGCACCUACAAGCACGGCUUCGGGAACGUGCACACCGAGUUCUGGCUGGGCACCGAGUACAUCCACCAGAUUGCCAAGCAGAAGGUCUACCAGGUCCGGUUUGUCAUCUGGGAUGCUGCAAACAACAUGAGGUUCGCAGACUACAACCUGUUCAGCCUGGAUGAUGAGUCCCAGGGCUACCGGCUGAGGCUGGGAGCACACUCAGGGACAGCAGAGGAUGCCAUGGAUUCAGACAACCCCAGGAAAGUGCACAACAACAUGAAGUUCUCCACAAAGGAUCGGGAUCAGGAUACGUACAGAGGGAACUGUGCCUCACGCUAUGGGGGUGGCUGGUGGUACUCAGCCUGUUACUCGGUGCAGCUGAACGUCAAGGGGGGUCUGACAUGGGGCAACCUGUGCAAGGGGAGCUGCAGAGCCUCGGCCAUCCUCAUCAAACCAACUCCAUACCCCUAGAACUCCUUCCCCCUCCUGUCCCCUUGUGGCACCGUGGCCAGGCCAGUGCCCUGCUGGGGCCCGUUUGAUGAUGAGGCCUUGGGGGUGAAUAGGGUUGUUCCUCUCUAUCAAGAACUGCUUUGUUUUCCUCCUGUCUUGAAAAGUAGCAAAGCUCCUGGCUCUGUCUCUGGCCAUUCACCUGUGAUGGGU